CUAAUUAUUUAGAAUGACACAUGCAAAGCUCCUUAAAGAAUGGCUAGAGAUGUGCUUACCCAAGAAAGUUCUUGAAAUGAUCAAUUCAAAUAUCCAAGUUUAGUGGAAAUGUGGAUCUAAUACACAUUCUUAGUGACAUAAAAAUAAUUCCAACUUUUGAACCCCAUUUGAUUAAUUCUUCUUAUAGCAUUUACCAUUAUUAAUAUAUUUGUUCAUUCAUAAUAAAAUGGAUGAGAUUUUUGGAUACAUGGAUGGAAGAUUCGAAGUGUCAUUGGCAGAUUCCACAAUGAUGUGGAUAGUCCACCAUGCAAUGAACAGAGCUCAAGAGAAAAUGAAGACAAAAAAAGGAGUCCUUGAACGUUUGAAUGAGAUAUCAAAAUUUUAUGAAUUGGCAGUGAUGCAACUCGAGGGUUGUCUUAGCAUUGUCCGCGCCGAGACCGAAAGUAGCUUCCUCGAAAGCAAUCAUGAACAAGUCCUCGACGACUUAAGAGAAAUAAAAGAUCGCCUUCAAGGCCGUCUCGAGGAAUCCGAAUCGGUUAUUCUAGACAAGGAUAGAGAGUUGACAAUGAGAUUGAAGAAUGAGUUGCAAUUAAGGCAUGCUUUGCAACUUAAAGAAAGAGAGUUAGUUAGGAAUGAUGGUGAUUUAUGUGAGUUGAGGACUAGUAUGGAUCAACAAAUGUUGAAUAUUAAACAAAGACUUGAACCACAAUAUCAUGAGAAUAUUGUGUCACAAUCAGAGCGACAACACGGUUUUCUUGUUAGUAACAGUAAUAAUGGUAAUGGUAAUGGUAACAAUGACACAAAAAAGAUUGAAGAAAUGGGUUCAGAUAUUGAUAUACUAAAGCAAACUAUGGAUCUUGCUUUUGGUAAGAUGCAAAGUGCUCUUUUUUCAUGUGAGAUGGGUCCAAAAGAGAGGCAAUGGAAGUUGAAUAUUGAAAAAGAUGUGAUGUGUAUAUUAAUUCAAAGUUUCAUGAGUGAGUUCGAGGAGAAUAUUAAGGCAGAAGCUAGAAAGAACCAGAAUCGAGUUCAAAUUUUUUGGUUGAAGCGUUGGUCCCAACUGAUGAAUGAAGUUAUAAGUUUAAAGAAUGAACUUGGAACUAUUAAUGAGACGAUACCUGAAGAUUUUUCGGACUCUUCGGCACUUUCUUCUCCGACAAAGCCUUCUUCUCCUCAAAAGUCGAAUGAAGAGAGAGAUCAUAAGGAGGGAGAGUUGGCACAAGAGGAAGAAGAGAAUGAAAAUGGAAGCAACUAUGUUGCUAAGAUGGUCAAGAAUCACGAGUCUAUUAUUCGACAAAAGAACGAAGAGUUGAAUCGGAUUAAACAUAGAAUAUUACAAGAGAAAAAGGCGUCAUCAUCCAAGAAAAGAAAGGAAUUAAACAGCUUGAAAGAAAGAAUCCAUAUUGUAGCUGGAAAAUUGAACAAUCUUAUAAAAUGGAAUGAGAAACUUGGCCAAGAAGAAACAACUAUUGAUCAUAAUAAUGACAAGGAAACAACAUUUCCAAUGAAGAAGUUAUCAUCAUCAUCAUCAUCACAAGAAUAUGAGAUUGAUCACUUGGAGAAGCUAAUACAUAAAUGCUUCUUAAGUGAAAUGAUGAAUGAGUGGAAUGAAAACAUUGAGACAAAUAAAUUCAAUCAAGAAUUUGAUGAAAUAGAGAGUAUUCUAAAGGAAAAUAUAUGCAUACUUGUAUUUAGGAAGAGUAUUGAAGAAUUCAACAAAAUGAUGAGAAGUUACAAAGACGACAACACAAUAAGAAAACAUAUAGAUCAUAUUGUGUUUGGAGAAACAUUGAAAGAUUUUGUGAAUAUUUCAAGUUCUGUUUCAAUUGAUCAUAGAAAAACCAUCAUCACUCAUGAUAAUUUUCAAGAUAAUCUCUCUACUACUAUGAUGAUAUUAAAUCAAGUGCAUAAAGUUGAAGGACAAGAGAAUUUGACAAUUAUAUUGUUAGAAUCUCUACUAAGUUGUUUUGAAGCAGAGGAGAAUUUGAUGUUAAGUGCACAUUCUGAGAUCAAAGAACACAGCAAACAACUAGAUUUAGGUUCGGAGCGCGGCGACUUACAUGAACAUGAAUUAUUUGAAGAUUUGUUAACUGGUGAGGAAGAAGCAUUUUCUUCAUUGACAAGCAAGGUUGAAAAUGUUUUGCAACAAUUAGGUAUAAGCAAAGCACUUUUGAAGGAGUUAGGUACAAGCUUAGGACAUAGUCUGCGUGACUCAGAAAGUUUUCAUCACCAAAUGUUAGCUAAUGACAAUGAACAAGGGCAAUUCGACUUGUCUUCUUUUGAAUCUUCAACAUUGGCUGAAUUUGAGGCUAUGGUAUACCAAAAGUUGGAGAUAAUGAGUAUGAGGUUGGAAAAGAUGAAAUGUUGUAUGGAUCCGGUUAUUAAGAUGAUUGAUUGUUUGAGAAGAAAAGAGUUACUUUACCAAAAGGCUUUUAUUAGAAGAUGUCAGAAUCUCCAAAAUGCGGAAGCUGAGGUUGAUCUUCUUGGUGAUCAAGUGGAUACACUUUUGACAUUACUUGAGAAGAUAUAUGGAACCCUUCAUCAACAUGCACCAGCCUUACAACAAUACUUUGAGGUCUUUAACAUUUUGGAGUUGAUAAAAACAGAACUCAUUGGUGGAGCUGUUCAGGGCCUUCAAGCUGCACCUGUGGUGACUUAAACAAAUUCAUUUUUUUGUACUUACAUGUAUCUGUUUGUGCGACAUUUGAUCAUUUUCACGUGAAUUUAUAUUUGUCUUUCUCUAAUAGUAUUAGUGGUGAUUGAAUCUACAAUCUCUCCAAUCAAAUACUUGGCUUUUUACAACUACACCAAACUAUAAGACUUAACAUUUGAUCUUUUUAUGUGUCAUCU